GGAAUCAAACCCCCAAGAUGGCGGCGGCGUCGGAGGAGCGAAUGGCCGAGGAAGGAGGCGGCGGCCACAGUGAUGGCUGCUCCUCUUCGGCCGCCGGCUCUGCUCAGAGACAGCCCCCACCGCCGCCACCGCAGCCCCUGCAGCCGGCGUCCCAGGCGCCCCCAGCCCUGGCCCUGGCUCCGGACCAGCUGCCUCAAAACAACACGCUGGUAGCGCUGCCCAUCGUAGCCAUCGAGAACAUCCUCAGCUUUAUGUCCUACGAUGAAAUUAGCCAGCUCCGCCUGGUUUGUAAAAGAAUGGACUUGGUCUGCCAGAGAAUGUUGAAUCAGGGAUUUCUGAAAGUUGAGAGAUACCAUAAUCUAUGUCAGAAACAAGUUAAAGCACAACUCCCAAGGAGAGAGUCAGAAAGGAGAAACCAUUCAUUGGCUCGUCAUGCAGAUAUCCUUGCUGCUGUUGAAACAAGACUAUCAUUGUUAAAUAUGACUUUCAUGAAGUAUGUGGAUUCCAAUCUCUGUUGCUUCAUCCCAGGAAAGGUGAUCGAUGAAAUUUAUCGAGUGUUGAGAUACGUCAAUUCUACCAGAGCCCCUCAGCGAGCUCAUGAAGUACUUCAAGAAUUAAGGGAUAUUUCCUCCAUGGCAAUGGAAUACUUUGAUGAGAAGAUUGUUCCAAUUCUAAAGAGGAAAUUACCAGGAUCAGAUGUGUCUGGGAGACUCAUGGGCUCUCCUCCAGUCCCAGGACCUUCUGCCACACUAACAACAAUGCAGCUCUUCUCCAAGCAAAACCCUUCAAGACAAGAGGUUACCAAACUCCAGCAGCAGGUUAAAACAAAUGGUGCUGGUGUGACUGUUCUCAGGCGUGAAAUUUCUGAGCUUCGCACCAAAGUGCAAGAGCAACAGAAACAGCUUCAAGACCAGGAUCAGAAACUGCUAGAGCAGACCCAGAUCAUAGGUGAACAGAAUGCACGGUUGGCCGAGCUGGAACGCAAACUGAGAGAAGUAAUGGAAAGUGCAGUAGGAAACUCCUCAGGAUCUGGGCAGAAUGAGGAGUCUCCUCGGAAACGGAAAAAGGCAGUGGAAGCCAUAGACUCUCUUAGGAAAUCUAAACGUCUUCGGAAUAGAAAGUAAAUUGGAAUGUGCUUCUGGCUCCAGAGGAAGACGUGGCUUAGUUGCUUAAGCAGUUAUGCAUAUCAGGACACUGUGAGCAACACAGUGUCCCCUUAGGCUUCUAGGCUUUUAGAACACAAUUUAAACUUGAACUCUUAUGGUUGGGAAAUUCUUUUCCUGCUUCUCCUGGUUGUACUGAUGCACAGAAUCUUUUUACUUUGCAAUGGAUUUGUACUAACCAGAUCUGUUCUAUCAUGUUUUGAGGAGUUAACUUUUUUCCUGUGCAGAUAAUGUUUAAAGUGAGUUUGUUUCUGCAUAUAUGCACAUUACAUAAGGAUCUUAAACCCAGCCUUGACAAACUAGAAUUAAGUUUAAAUACAGAAAAUGUCCUGUUCACUUGAAAGGAAAGACCUACUUUUUAAAUGGACACUAUCUUGUUUAAAAAAAAAAAAAGUUAACUUUUUGUUAUAAGUGACCUUUGUCUGGAAUGUCUGAAAAGUAAAUGCUUUUUGGUAUUGAAGUAAUGGGUAACUAAAAUGGACUUGCAUAGUAUUGACUGUAGAAGGGGCCUCUACAGUAUUGACUAUAUAUUUUUAUAAACUACUGGUAAGGGACUUACCCAGUUGUUAUAUACAUGUUUUCAGAUCUCUUGGGGCCAUGUCCUACAUCUGCAUGGAUGGAUGCAUGCAUUGCCUAGUCAGUUCACUUAAAAACCUCUUGCACUGGUAUGGAUCUUGAACCGUUGUACUUCUCUACUUUUUAGAGCAGCUUCUUAGAUUAUUUAAUCGCUUAGCAUCUUCCACCACAACAGGGUGCCCCUAGAGAGGAAAUUGUUGGUCCAUUUGUCCUCCAGUUUUACGGGGCAAGAGACUAUUGAAUCCUGUUGCUUUAUCUGUUCUCUGUAGGAUUCAGGUACACUGGCUAAGGCAGUACCCCAAAUUCCAAGGCUGUUUCUAUCAAUAUCAGACCUCUGUUAACUAGUACUGUUCCUUACUCUGUGUUGCUCACUGGUCAAAUGUGGUGAUUGAGUAGGCAACAGACUUAUGGGAUGCAACUUUGCAAUUGAAACAAAGUUCAUUGAAAAUAAUUGUACUAUGAAAAAGCAUUUUGAUCAUUUCAUUUCGGGGGGCAGGGUGACCUGAGAGAAGCUUUUUUUAUUUAAAUUUCAAGUUUUCCUUAUCUUACAAUUUUAAACAAAAGCUUUAUUUUUUUUUUGCACUCCUCUUUUGAGCUUAUAACUGGAAAAGCAUGUCUUGCACUGUUCAACCUUCUGAGUGAUCAUUUUUAACAACCUCCAAAUUGUAUAGUCAUUAUUUUCCCCAGCUGUAUAUUUUUGAGGAUUUAUUCAACUAUCACUGUCCUAGUUUUUUUUUUAGUUUUUUAUUUUGAAAUAAUUUCAAACUUAUAAGACAUUUGCAAAAAUAAUACAAUCCCCAUAGAGAAAACUCCCACUUACCCCAUACCCCCAGAUACCCAGUUCUAUCACUAGUUUUAUUUUAAUGUACUAAAUGAUAUAGCUAUUAUUUGACUGUUAAAUUCUUUUAAAUAACUAUUGUGUUGCGUUUCAGUAGAUUUAGGUGUAAUAUAGAAAACCAUCCCUUUCCAGGUGGGAGUUUGACAGCUGUAUAAAACCUAAGGGUUUGGUAUGUACCUUAGUUGAAUAAAAGCACAAGGUUACCACCUUUUACAAGCAUCCGACAUAACAUGGUUAUGCAUCCUUUAGAUUAACCUCACCAAACGAAACUUUCCUAUCCAUUUUUAAUAUUGUCCUUAACAUAAUAUUGUCCUUAGAUUUUGAUCAAGUCUAUGUCUAACUUUGAAAUUCCAUUUACGAUGUAGUAUGUUUUCAAUGAAAAACCAUAAAGUAAUAUCUAAGUGUUUCAUGGUUUGUUGGGAAGAUAUUUUUAAAAUAAACAAUUUCCAUAAAAACAUUUGUCAGCCAAGGUCAUCCAUAAAAGUCCCUGUCUGGAACUCAUUUUCUUAGCAGGUCUCAUUUUUGUAAUCAUAGGAUGUAGCCAUAUUGUCAUAACUUUGGAGGACUGGAAUACUCAUGGCCUUUAAUAGUCUGCUUUUCUAGUAUUGGAAGACUUUUUUAGAGUAACAAAGUACACGUGUGUAGGUUUUCUAUGUAUGAUCCUUAUGCAUCAAAGGGACGUAACCUCAGAUUAUUUCUUUAAUAGAUGUUCAUGAAUUAGCAAGCAUUUCCUGAAUUUCUUUUUAAACUACAUCUAUAUACCCUAAAUGGAACUAUAGUCUUCCAUUAGUGAACAUGAGUAUAAGGCUUUCAUAGUAAGCAUUCACACUAGUAGAAGAUAGGUUUUCUAUUUCAAAAUCCAAAUUUCUACAGCAUACAAUUGUAAUCGUGUCCAUAAGGCUAAUGAGCUGCACUUGUUAAUGCAUGAAUGUUCCGCUAACAGUAGGGAGAAUAAAGCACUACAGUUCAGUUGUUUAAGAGUAGCUAAGACACGUUAGGAAACUGCCUUCACCAUUAAUCAGUACAGUUAUUUGAUAGCUGUUAUAUUUGCAUUUGGUUAGCAUAGUGGUGUUUAAGGUUCAACAAAUCACAAAUUAUUUUGAGCAACUAAAACUUGUCAUUUGUUAUAGGAAAAUUGUAUAGUAGCCACCUGAGAGAGAACCAUCCUGCCCUGCAUUGUAAGUUAGUAAUUUAAAUGCUGUUUAUUUUUAAUAUUAUGUUGUCUUAGAGCAACAUUUCACAAAGUAUUCCCAUUGUCUUCCUUGGCUGUUUUUCAGAGGAGAGUUCUCUAUUUUAAUGGAUCAUGCCCACUUGUAAAUUUAUUAUGGAACAACACUACAGACCUGUUUCAAAAUGUGAAAAGGCAUAUAUAAGAAAUUAAGAGGACUGACCCCAUUCCCUCACCCCAGCCAGAUCCUUUGCUUAUAUCCUGCGUGGUCUUGGUUUACUUAACUCUGAGGUUAUAGAACCUGUUGUUUUUCAAACUCCUCUUUUGAUGUAUAGAGCCUGGAAAUAAUGGGGCAAACAUUAUUUAUAGAGACCACUGGGGUGUCAUCAGGUCUAAAGCCACUGGUUUUGGAGGCAACUUUUUUUGUAAAACAUGUAUGUUUUUUGGAGUACUGAACCUUACAGGGGCUUGCCUUAAUCUCUAGUAGUUUUGAGAUGUAUGCGCUUAUUGUUCUACAUGUAAAAAUGUUAAAAUAUUAUCUAUGUAGCCCCAAAGGUGGGUAAAACAGAGUAUAAGUAAUGCCUAAAUAAAUAAGCUAAAAGGUGUCACUACAGCUGAAUUUUUAAGAGAAAAUGGGCAUAUGGAAAUAGGCUAUGUGUAAUAAACAAAAAUAAUGGCACCUUAAGAUUGCACUAUUUUAUGCAUUAUUUUAUAUGCCAUUUCAUAGCCUGCACUUUAAUCUCCAAAGAAACAGUGUAUGACGUUCCAGUUGUUCCUUAUUAAUGAACUUUUUCCUAAGACAGGGAACUUAAUUCUAUUUUACUAUACUGAAUUAGUUUCUUGGAGGUUGAUUCCUUUUUUGAGUUCUCUGUUUCCUUAGCCAUAAUAUUUUCUAGGAUCUGGGAACUCCCUAUCUUGUCUAUUUCCAACAAUAUAUAAUCUUAAUUUAAUGUAAUAUAAAUCUCAUUUUUGGUGAUCAGCACAUUCUUAUAUCCUACUGUAUCAAUGAGUACCCACUUGUUACACUUACCGAACCCUCUAAAAAUAUAUGCUGAAAUAAGGUUUGAAGCUAGGAAUAAAAAGCAUUCUGAAGGGAAACAUUCUGUAUGAUGCAGUCUCUUGGACGUUGAUUAGUACUGAUAUAAAAUCUAGUUUGAUUUGCUAUACAGUUUUUUGACUUGGAAUAUAUCUGCAUUCCUCUAACUAGUACACAAAAAGUUAAUAAGUUAAAACUACUAAAAAACAAUAACAGACUUAUAUAAGCCUGCCACUAAGGCAAAUUAUUAAAAAAAAAAAACUAAAGUAAUCUACAAAAUGAGACUGGUAAUUAAUUGACCACUGUUUACUAUGAUUUUACUUUCAAUAGCAAUACAAUUAUGUUGGUGAUAAAGACAAUAGGCUUAAGUAAUGUUGGCCUAUCCCAGCUUCCUAAGAAUGUUUUUUAAAUUUCUAAAGUUCACAAAUUAAAUCUUAAGCUUUUCCUGUUGCGUCUGAAGAAAACAAUGAGAUUUAGAGGCAUUUAUGUAAUAUAUUGGGUCCACUGCUAAAGUAUAUUGGUCCAUAUUCAAAGCUAAUACCAAAAGGUGUCAGAAGUGUUUAAAAUUCCUUUAUGUGGUACUAUGUCUGUUUACCUAUGCUCGUGGGCAGCAGUAAAUUAACUAGUUUACCUUUUGGAAUUUUAAUUGUUUAUGACCUAAUUCAAUUAUUGGAAAAUGAAAAGCACCUCCCGAUCACACAACAGGGUACAGAAAUAAAUGUGUUGUUACCAGUG